UAGAUAGAAAUCAGUGCAUGGCUGCAGAGUUUAGAUAUAAUGUAGAUAGAAAUCAGUGCAUGGCUGCAGAGUUUAGAUAUAAUGUAGAUAGAAAUCAGUGCAUGGCUGCAGAGUUUAGAUAUAAUGUAGAUAGAAAUCAGUGCAUGGCUGCAGAGUUUAGAUAUAAUGUAGAUAGAAAUCAGUGCAUGGCUGCAGAGUUUAGAUAUAAUGUAGAUAGAAAUCAGUGCAUGGCUGCAGAGUUUAGAUAUAAUGUAGAUAGAAAUCAGUGCAUGGCUGCAGAGUUUAGAUAUAAUGUAGAUAGAAAUCAGUGCAUGGCUGCAGAGUUUAGAUAUAAUGUAGAUAGAAAUCAGUGCAUGGCUGCAGAGUUUAGAUAUAAUGUAGAUAGAAAUCAGUGCAUGGCUGCAGAGUUUAGAUAUAAUGUAGAUAGAAAUCAGUGCAUGGCUGCAGAGUUUAGAUAUAAUGUAGAUAGAAAUCAGUGCAUGGCUGCAGAGUUUAGAUAUAAUGUAGAUAGAAAUCAGUGCAUGGCUGCAGAGUUUAGAUAUAAUGUAGAUAGAAAUCAGUGCAUGGCUGCAGAGUUUAGAUAUAAUGUAGAUAGAAAUCAGUGCAUGGCUGCAGAGUUUAGAUAUAAUGUAGAUAGAAAUCAGUGCAUGGCUGCAGAGUUUAGAUAUAAUGUAGAUAGAAAUCAGUGCAUGGCUGCAGAGUUUAGAUAUAAUGUAGAUAGAAAUCAGUGCAUGGCUGCAGAGUUUAGAUAUAAUGUAGAUAGAAAUCAGUGCAUGGCUGCAGAGUUUAGAUAUAAUGUAGAUAGAAAUCAGUGCAUGGCUGCAGAGUUUAGAUAUAAUGUAGAUAGAAAUCAGUGCAUGGCUGCAGAGUUUAGAUAUAAUGUAGAUAGAAAUCAGUGCAUGGCUGCAGAGUUUAGAUAUAAUGUAGAUAGAAAUCAGUGCAUGGCUGCAGAGUUUAGAUAUAAUGUAGAUAGAAAUCAGUGCAUGGCUGUAGAAUUUAGAUAUAAUGUAGAUAGAAAUCAGUGCAUGGCUGUAGAGUUUAGAUAUAAUGUAGAUAGAAAUCAGUGCAUGGCUGUAGAAUUUAGAUAUAAUGUAGAUAGAAAUCAGUGCAUGGCUGUAGAAUUUAGAUAUAAUGUAGAUAGAAAUCAGUGCAUGGCUGUAGAAUUUAGAUAUAAUGUAGAUAGAAAUCAGUGCAUGGCUGCAGAGAAGAAUUCUGGCAGGAGCCACCAGUUGGAAUGUACUUCUCACUCCUGACAUUUGAUUCUAAUGAGUGGGCGGAGUGAUGAUUUGCUUCCAGUUGGCUGCUCACCUAAAGGUAUAAAAACUCUAUGGGCUACAAAAAAAGGUCUCCUGCACCGGCCGAGGAGCCUGAUGUCCGGCAAGAAUUGCCCAUCUGAAGGCCCAGAGCACCCCACCAGAACAUUUCAAAAGGAUUAUUUAAAAUUUGGACCAAUGGAGAGUCAGAUUCCAAUGAAUAUGACAGAAAAAGUAGAAGGAAAGAGUGCGGAAGCUCGAAAUACAUGUUCUCAAGGGGUAAGAGCCCUCUACAAAGCUGCACGUUGCAUUUCUGGAGAGAUGAAGGAGUUUGGGAACUGGAUGAAAGAUAAACCUCUUCCAUUGCAGUUUAUUGACUGGGUCCUACGUGGGACAUCUCAAGUCAUGUUUGUGAAUAAUCCUCUGAGUGGACUUAUAAUCAUUGGUGGGCUUUUACUACAGAAUCGAUGGUGGGCAAUUGCUGGCUGCCUAGGCACCAUAGUAUCUACCUUCACAGCCCUUAUUCUCAGUCAGGACAGAUCAGCCAUCGCUGCAGGACUUCAUGGGUAUAAUGGCCUUUUAGUGGGUUUGCUCAUGGCUGUCUUCUCUGCUAAAGGAGAUUGGUACUGGUGGCUUCUUCUUCCAGUAUCUGUCAUGUCAAUGGCCUGCCCAAUCUUGUCUAGUGCCUUGGCUUCAGUCUUCAGCAAAUGGGAUUUGCCCGUUUUUACCCUGCCCUUUAAUAUUGCGGUCUGCCUGCAUUUGGCUGCUACUGGACCCUACAACGUCUUCUUUCCUACUGUGAUGUUUGAGCCCAUUGCAUCUGUCCCAAACAUAACAUGGUCUGAAAUUGAUGUACCUGCGCUCUUAAAGUCUAUACCAGUUGGUGUUGGUCAGGUUUAUGGAUGUGACAACGCUUGGACUGGGGGGAUGUUCUUGGUAGCUUUGUUCUUGUCUUCCCCCAUUAUUUGUCUGCAUGGUGCAAUCGGAUCAGCUGUGGGAAUGCUAGCAGGACUGAGUCUGUCUGCGCCAUUUGAGAAUAUUAACUUUGGACUUUGGGGGUACAACGCAGUUCUGGCUUGCAUUGCAAUCGGAGGCAUGUUCUAUGCUCUGACUUGGCAGACCCACUUGCUGGCUAUUUCCUGUGCCUUGUUCUGUGCCUACCUUGGGGCAGCCAUUGCCAAUAUGAUGAGUGUGGUCCGAUUACCUUCAUGCACUUGGCCAUUUUGCUUGUCAGCCCUCAUCUUCUCAUUAUUCACCACAAAUAACGGUGCUAUCUACAAACUGCCCUUGUCUAAAGUCACAUACCCUGAGGCAAACAGGAUCUAUUAUCUCAACAUGCAAAAGGAGAAGAAAGAAAUGGGAAACACCAAGGUUUAGAAUGAAGAACCCUCCCUGUUUGAUGUGACUCAACUUCGAGAAACUCCUUUGACUGGUGACUCCAAACUAUUGACCCAUGAGGAGAACUCCCAAGAGUCUAAAGACACAUCAGUCAUGGCAGUUGCUUUGAACCAUGAACGAUCACUGAUGGAAUUUGCUCCGAAGCUCAUUCAUGAUAUAAGACUUAUUUGCAGACACUGAUUAUGAGGUACCUUCUG